UUGUUUUUCCGCCCCCCGCCCAGGGGCCGGAUAGGGUCUCGGCUGGCUCUGUUUGUUUCCGGCUGCUGUCAGAUUGUGUUGUUGGGCCUGAGGGCUUGGUGGCCCUGGAGUGGGCUCGUCUCGGUACCGGACUCACGCUUGUACCAGGCUUGGGGACGCGGAGCGAGUUUUUCGGUCUCCUAGCAACCAGGAACUGGCUGUGGACUGAAGGAGUCGCGGAGCCGGCGUCCAAAUCGCUCAGGCGCUAGCCGGAACCUUUGAGCCCGGCCCAAACCCGAGCCGAAACCCGGCGUUUGGAAGACUAAGCAGGAAAUGGCGGACGAGGCGUUGUUUUUGCUUCUCCAUAACGAGAUGGUGUCUGGAGUGUACAAGUCCGCGGAGCAGGGGGAGGUGGAAAAUGGACGCUGUAUUACUAAGCUGGAAAACAUGGGGUUUCGAGUGGGACAAGGAUUGAUAGAAAGGUUUACAAAAGAUACUGCGAGGUUCAAGGAUGAGUUAGAUAUCAUGAAGUUCAUUUGUAAAGAUUUUUGGACUACAGUAUUCAAGAAACAAAUCGACAAUCUAAGGACAAAUCAUCAGGGCAUCUAUGUACUUCAGGACAACAAAUUUCGUCUGCUUACUCAGAUGUCUGCAGGAAAGCAGUAUUUAGAACAUGCAUCUAAGUAUUUAGCAUUUACCUGUGGCUUAAUAAGAGGUGGCUUAUCGAACUUGGGGAUAAAAAGUAUUGUCACGGCUGAAGUGUCUUCAAUGCCAGCCUAUGUACUGCUCCAUUUGGAAGUCAAGGUUGGUGCCACCUAAGUGGGUUCCUGCUGCAAGGAAUUUGAGGACAUCCUUCUCCAUUUCCAGGAUAUCAAGGGCUCUGGACAUUGUGAAAGUUUCUCUUUAAGUUACCAUGGGAAUGAAGAACAACAGCAUGUGGUUCGACCUCUCCCUGGCUAGUGUGGAAAGGGAAAGGGUUGGAUCCUGAUUUGAACAGUUCAAAUGUGAGAAGACAUUUUGGGAACAAUUAAGGAAUAUGAAACAUGAACUAGGUAUCAGAUAAUAUUGUGGAGUUAUUAAAUUUAUUAGAUAUGAUACCAGUAUUAGAGUCAUGUUUUAAAAGGUCCUAAUCACUUAGAUACUCUAAAACAGGAGAAAUGACAUGUCUGAGAUUUGUUUAAAAUACAUUAACAAAAAAGAUGAGACAAAUGAAAUACUCUGGUGAAGUUAAUAAAUGUUGAACUUGGGUGAUAGAUGCUGAUGGGGGGCAAGUAUUAUUCUACUACAUUCAUAUGUACUUGAAAAUCUCCAUAAUAAGAACCUUAGGGGCACCUGGGUGGCU